GCAAGCUAACGGAGGAAAAUAACACAUCUGCAUUGAUUUUGGAGAGAUCCCUUUUAAACAAGGUAUCAAAUGGAGCCAGAAAUUCAAGGAACAACACCCUCAAUCUUUCCCACCAAUCUUACAAAUCAUAGCAUAUGUCCUGAACCAGAGGCAUGGGAUUGGUUGUAUACCAUGCAGCCAGUAUACAUGUUUGUAAUCUGUGUAUUAGGAAUCCUGGGUAAUGUCUUUGUCCUGCUAGUAUUUUGCUUGCACAAGAAACCCUGCUCUGUGGCAGAAAUAUACCUGGGCAACCUGGCUGCAGCUGACCUCCUUCUGACAUCUUGCCUACCUUUCUGGGCCAUUAAUGUGGCUAGUGGUUUUGAUUGGCAGUUUGGAUCUCUCAUGUGCCGUUUGGUAAACACAGGCAUCAAAAUGAACAUGUACUGCAGUGUCUACUUCCUUGUAAUGGUGAGCGCUGACCGCUACCUGGCUCUGGUGUUUGCACUGACUUAUGGCAGGAUGCGGCGGCCCUGGUAUGCCAAGCUCAGCUGCUUGGCAGUAUGGGUUCUGGGAAUCAUCAUGAGUGUCCCAACACUUAAAUUCAGGGAGGUAAAAUACAUCUCAGAGUACUCGGUCACUGCUUGCAUUCUGAUCUACCCAAGCCACAUGGUGGAGCUAGCCUGUGAUAUUUUGCUUGUCCUGCUGGGCUUCAUCAUCCCUGUAAUUAUCAUUUCUUACUGCACAUGCAAGAUUAUACAAACAUUGCACUGGCAAGUAAUGGACAGGUUCAAUGCAGCAAACAAAGAGAGGAAAGCAACUGUGCUGGUGCUGGUUGUUCUUCUGGCUUUUCUCCUGUGUUGGAUUCCAUUUCACCUGGUAACCAUUUUACAUAUAUUGAUUAGACUUGGGGUAUUAAGUGGGUGUACACUAGAAAAUGGCCUGGAUAUCUGUAACCAGAUAUUUACAUAUUUGGCAUUGAGCAACAGUGUACUCAAUCCAAUCCUCUAUGUGAUAGUUGGCCAAAACUUCAGGAAGAAAGUGAAGGAGCUCCACUCAUCAACACGGAAAACAUUUGCAUAAUAACAAAGUAACGUUAAAUAAAUGAAUUUAGCAAUUGCUUAUAAAAUAUAUAAGAAAGCCUGAGAUCAGUUAUAACUGUUGAUAAUGGCAUGGGUUAAAUAAAUGUUGUUCUUAUGUUUAACAACUCCUGUAUUUGUAUGUGCUAUGAAAUGUGUAUUAUUUAUCCAAUGUAGUAUCAGCAUCAAUAUAUAAAGAUCCAUACUAGUAUAAUUCCUAUUGCUAUCGGGCUGGUUCAGAUUUAACAAUAUUUAACACUGUGUGUUAGGACAAUAUUCAAAUAUAUUUCAGUUUCAUACAGUUAAAAGUAAUUGUGUCUAUUCUGUAAUGUUUUCUGGAACUUAGGGUUAUUGACUGUAUCCUAACAAUUAUAAUAA